CCGGCUGAGCUGGGUCUCGCUGGCUGAGUGCGCGGUGGCGGAGAGUGAGGCCUGGGGAGCACCAUCGAGGCGCGGGCCGGCUCUUACAGAUUGUGCACGGGAGGGCUACGGCCGGCGGGCAAGUGAGCUAGCGGUUCUCAUCAGUGGCACCGGGUUCGGUUGCCUGAGCUUGAAAUCAUGACCACCCCAGGAAAAGAGAACUUUCGCUUGAAGAGUUACAAAAAUAAGUCUCUGAAUCCAGAUGAGAUGCGGAGAAGGAGGGAGGAAGAAGGACUACAGUUACGAAAACAGAAAAGAGAAGAGCAGUUAUUCAAGCGAAGAAAUGUUGCUACAGCAGAAGAAGAAACGGAAGAAGAAGUUAUGUCAGAUGGAGGCUUCCAUGAGGCUCAGAUUAAUAACAUGGAAAUGGCACCAGGUGGUGUUAUUACUUCUGACAUGAUUGAAAUGAUAUUUUCCAAUAGCCCAGAGCAGCAGCUUUCAGCAACACAGAAAUUCAGAAAACUGCUUUCAAAAGAACCUAAUCCUCCUAUUGAUGAAGUUAUCAGCACACCAGGAGUAGUGGCCAGGUUUGUGGAGUUCCUGAAACGAAAAGAGAAUUGUACAUUGCAGUUUGAAUCAGCUUGGGUACUGACAAAUAUUGCUUCAGGAAAUUCUCUUCAAACCCGGAUUGUGAUUCAGGCAGGAGCUGUGCCUAUCUUCAUAGAGUUGCUUAGCUCAGAGUUUGAAGAUGUCCAGGAGCAGGCAGUCUGGGCUCUUGGCAACAUUGCUGGAGAUAGUACCAUGUGCAGGGACUAUGUCUUAGACUGCAAUAUUCUUCCCCCUCUUUUGCAGUUAUUUUCAAAGCAAAAUCGCUUAACUAUGACCAGGAAUGCAGUAUGGGCUCUGUCUAAUCUCUGUAGAGGAAAAAGCCCACCUCCAGAAUUUGCAAAGGUUUCCCCUUGUCUAAAUGCGCUUUCCUGGUUGCUGUUUGUCAAUGACACUGAUGUACUGGCGGAUGCUUGCUGGGCACUCUCAUAUCUAUCAGAUGGACCCAAUGAUAAAAUUCAAGCAGUCAUUGAUGCUGGAGUGUGUAGGAGACUUGUGGAGUUGCUAAUGCAUAAUGACUAUAAAGUAGUGUCUCCUGCUUUACGGGCUGUGGGAAACAUUGUCACAGGGGAUGAUAUUCAGACACAGGUAAUUUUAAAUUGCUCAGCUCUACAGAGUUUGUUGCAUUUGCUGAGUAGCCCAAAGGAGUCUAUCAAAAAGGAAGCGUGUUGGACAAUAUCUAAUAUCACAGCUGGAAAUAGAGCCCAGAUCCAGACUGUGAUAGAUGCCAACAUUUUUCCAGCCCUCAUUAGUAUAUUACAAACUGCUGAGUUUCGAACAAGGAAAGAAGCAGCUUGGGCCAUCACAAAUGCAACUUCUGGAGGAUCAGCUGAACAGAUCAAGUAUCUUGUAGAACUGGGCUGUAUCAAGCCACUCUGUGAUCUCCUCACAGUCAUGGACUCUAAGAUUGUACAGGUUGCUCUCAAUGGAUUGGAAAAUAUCUUGAGGCUUGGAGAACAAGAAGCCAAAAGGAACGGCACUGGCAUUAACCCUUAUUGUGCUUUGAUUGAAGAAGCUUAUGGUCUGGAUAAAAUUGAGUUCUUACAGAGUCAUGAAAACCAGGAGAUCUACCAGAAAGCCUUUGAUCUUAUUGAGCAUUAUUUUGGAACCGAGGAUGAGGACAGCAGCAUUGCACCCCAGGUUGACCUUAGCCAGCAGCAGUACAUCUUCCAGCAAUGUGAGGCUCCUAUGGAAGGUUUCCAGCUUUGAAGCAAUACUCUGCUUUCAUGUUCCUGUGUCAAACCAGGCUACCCAGUCAAGUCUUCUUGUGGAGCCCACAGUCCUCAUGGAGCUAACUUCUCAAAUGUUUUCCAUAUACUGUUUGCGCUCAUUUGCUUGCAUUGCGCACCUGCUCUCUUACACACAUCUGGAAAACCUCUGGCUCUCUGUGGUGGAAUACCCUUCUAAUAAAAGGGUAACCAGAGUGGCCCACUCUUUUAUGGAAAAUCCCUAGGCUUUGGAGAUCUGCACUCAUGAGAGUCAUGGGAAUAUACACACAUUAAUGUGACUCCCUUUUUUUUGUGGGGGAAAAAGAGGACUCCACCUCAUUCCCUUUAAAGUGGGAAAAUAUACUGACUUUAAAGGAUGAAACUAAACCUUUGAAUCUCACACAACUACUUGCAACAAGGGAUAUUGUUUAGACCUGUUGUGAAUACUUCAGAGUACUUUUCAUGAGUUCUUCCACAGUGAACCCUUGGAUUACCUGAUGGCUUUUUCUAGCCAAGUUUGCAUUACUCCUUACUGAGAUUGGAUGGUUUUCUUUUCUCUAUUGGCGCCAUUCUUCACAGAUACUAAAGUUAACCAUCCGCUCCCUCACCUUCAGCCUUCAGUGAAUGUGCUUUCUAGUUGUCAGGAAUGCUGAAGAAUUAACACUUUGACUCUUACAUAGAAUACUGGUUUGAGGUUCCCUUAGUGCAGAAAAAGUGAGGAGCACAUAUUAAUUUGUAUGACUGUUUUGCUUCUCUUUGAUCUUAUGUGUCUUAGGAUUUGGAAGUGGUUCAAUUCUAAUGUUGGUAUGAAGAUUUAGAAUCCUUAGUAAUCAAAUUCAAUAAAAAGUAAAAAAUAAGCAGGAAAAAGAAAAACAACCCUCUAAUCUCCCCAAACUCAGUUAGUGAGAGGCUGUUUCUACAUUGAAACAAAUGUUUCAGGCUUUGUGGUCCUGAUAAGGUCCUCAUUAAAUUGGAAUUCACCCUAGGUGCUUUUUCAACAUUCUGUGACUGGUAGAUAACACAUACUUUUAAGGGUUACUUAGGGAAUUUUUUUUUUUGAGUUGGCUGCAGCUUGAUUUUAAUAUUUUCUUGCUGCGUAUAUGACCCCUUUAAUGUAGCAUCUUUACCUGAAACAACCAUUUUUUCAAUGUGACAUGUUUAACCUAAAUAAGGGCAGUGAUCUUUUUCUUACAACCUCAUUAUUAUCUAAUAAUUUCUUACUUGUACUUCCCAGUCAAAUCCACUCCCCCCCCUUCAAAACAAAAACAAUUUUUACCUUUCAGUCAAUGACAACUACAAUCUAUACCUGCAAAUGGCGCUUCCAGUACUGUCUUCAGUGAUUCACAUUUGUGCAUGGACUGGAACGAAAAAAAUAAGCUUAAUUGCCAAGAGAACUGCAACUGAGUUCAAUAUGACUUCUUGGUGCUAGUUGGCUAUUUUGACUUAAUGUUGGGACACACUUAUCAGAGAAGAUUUUUUGUUGAUGUGCUGUUGAAAAUGAAUUUGGAAGGAAAAGUCACUUGUUUCAGAGAAUACCCUUUUAAACCUGUUUCAUCUUGUCCUCUUACUAGAAUUUACUCUUAACUCCAAAGUGUAACUUUUUAGGACUUCCCCUCACAAGCUAUUGUACAUCUCUGGUAAAUCCUACUGAAUGUUAGGGAUACUCAGAGCUUUCUUACCUCAUCAUGUUAUUUAAGCAGCCAAUUUGUGACCCAGUUUGAACUAAAAAUCCACUUCAUUCAAAGUAGAAAGAUACAAAGACAAAGGACUUUAACAGCCAAGUGUGUGAAGCAUCCUUCGCAUCUAGUCUGUAGUUGUGUCUGUGCUCUGAUGGAGACCGUCUGAUGUCCCUCUGUUACUGAUGGAGCAGCCACUGCAAAACUAGUCAACUCCCAUCGAUAACUGUUACUUUUUCUAGUGCUGCUUUGUGCUGAAAGAACAUUUUAGUUUACUGCACUUGACCUGUAAAAGACUGAUUCUUUGUAAUUAUAGGGGCAAAUUAGGUGGUUAAUUUAAAGAAAAAAUUUCAAUGUUGCCUUUACAUCACAUUAAAAUAUACUUCUUUCAGAAGGGUAAUAGAAGCACUGAUUCAUAGUAAAAAUCUUGUUUUUAGCUUUGA